AUGCCGAAAAUUAUUAGACGCGAUAAUUUGGUACAUCAAGCUAGCAUUGAUCGCUUACAGAAUGCUACAAUAAAGCAACAAAAUGUUGAAAAAUAUCGUAAUGAAAUUGCGAAAUCAUCAGAAUAUGCAGGAAUUCUGAAAGAACUAAACGAUGAAGGAAUCGAAUUGAUUUGGUCAUCUGAUGCUAAUGUACCAAUGAGAAUUACUAUCAUAUUAGCUGCAGAAGAGGAUAGCGCUCAAUUUUUGUCAACAAUUUUGAUGGAAUAUAAAAUGAAUGGUAUAAAUCUCAAAAAUUUGGAAAUAUAUCCGGAACCGGAAAGAAAUAAAUCGUAUAUAGUAACCGAUACAAGAAAAAAUUUUAAAGUGAAAUUUGAAAUUUUUACUGAUUGUGAAUGCACGAAAGAUGCACUUCUGAAUGCAAUGAAAUGUCUGGCAGAUCGAUAUCACAUCUUAAAAUUGAAUAUUUAUAAUAGUAUCAGUGAAUCGCUAUCUUUUCAUAAAUUUUCAUGGUUUCCAAAACACAUUUCCGAUCUUGAUAAAUGUCAUAAUUGUGAAGUAAAGUAUGAACCAACAUCUGAUCCGCGACAUCCGGGAUAUAAAGAUAAUGCAUAUAUUCAACGAAGAGAAGAAUUGAAUGCAAUUGCUAAAGCCUAUGAAUAUGGUGAAAAAUUGCCGGAUAUUGAAUAUAAUGUAGAAGAGCAUAAAACUUGGGAAACUGUCUUCAACAAAUUGAAAUCAUUGCAUCAUUCACAUGCUUGCAUGGAAUAUCAGAAGAAUUUUAAACAAAUGGAAUUGGAAGGCAUUCUAGAACCUACUCGGAUACCAAAAUUAUCACUUAUUAAUAGAUAUCUACAACGUAAAACUGGAUUUACACUUCGACCAUGUGCUGGAUUACUUUCAGCACGUGAUUUCUUGGCUAGCUUAGCAUUUCGUGUUUUCCAAACCACCAUAUACAUACGACAUCAUAGUUCACCACAUCAUUCACCGGAACCGGAUUUAAUUCAUGAAAUCAUUGGACAUUGUCCGAUGUUUGCUGAUUCACUCAUUGCUCAAUUUUCUCAACAAAUUGGACUUCUAUCAUUGGGUGCAACUGAUGAACAAAUUCAACAACUUGCUACAGUUUAUUGGUUCACUAUUGAAUUUGGCUUAUGCCGUGAAAAUGGUCAACUAAAAGCUAUCGGUGCUGGAUUACUUUCAUCAUACGGUGAACUUAUGCAUGCCUGCUCAGAUAAACCACAACAUGAAACUUUUGAUCCGCAACGUACAGCACUGCAAAAAUAUGAAGAUUUCGAUUAUCAACCACUUUAUUUUGUUACUGAUUCAAUCUUUGAUGCAGUAAUUAAAUUAAGAGCAUUCGCGCAAAAUUUUCAACGUCCAUUUGUGGUUAUCUACGAUCCAUACACGAAAUCAAUAGAAAUUUCAAGAGAGAUAAAAGAUCUAAAGAAUGGAUUAAAUCGUUUUAAAAGCGAACUAUCGUCGUUUACUGAAGCAGUGGAAGCAUUAAGCAAACAAUAUAACUGGUAA